AUGCAGCCAAUCGACCAAGAACACGACAAACCCUCUACCUCUCCGACAGCCGGUGACACUACAUGCGUCCUCGCUACCUCGAACCAUGCCAGGUCGCGACCCAAGCACAUCCCGCGUCACACUUCCGAUGACUAUCUGGACUAUGCAGUCAACCGCGACACAGCACUUCGUACAGCCAUUCACCACCUGGAGCAAGAGCUUGGAACACACAGCCCAAUAUCACACAUUUCACUGAGGAUACACACGCUGACACUACAUCCCCACAACAGUCAGAGCAAGUUGUCGGCACAGGAGCUUAGCGAUCUCCAGAAGGCCACUCACUUCGACAAGAAGGAAUUACAGCAAUGGUACAAGGGCUUCCUCAAGGACUGUCCCUCGGGCAUGCUCACCAAGGAGGAGUUCCAGAAGAUCUAUAAGCAGUUCUUCCCAUUCGGAGAUCCGUCAUCAUUCGCCGACUAUGUCUUCAACGUGUUUGACGCAGACAAGUCCGGCUCAAUCGACUUCAAAGAGUUCAUCUGCGCUCUGAGCGUAACGAGCAGGGGCAAGAUGGAGGACAAGCUGGAUUGGGCAUUCCAACUGUACGACAUUGAUGGAGACGGACAAAUCAGUUACAACGAGAUGCUGUCAAUCGUUGAGGCUAUCUACAAGAUGGUCGGAUCAAUGGUCAAGCUGCCCGAAGACGAAGACACACCAGAGAAGAGAGUGCGCAAGAUCUUCCGCAUGAUGGACAAGGACGAGAACGGCAGUCUGGACAUGGCUGAGUUCAAGGAGGGAUCCAAGCGCGAUGAGACAAUCGUCUCGGCGCUGUCUCUCUACGAUGGACUGGUGUAG